AUGAAUUGGAGGACAGAGAAAAAUCAGACUUCGUUGAAAUAUUUUAAUCUCCUAGGCUUUUCAGAAGGACGUGCGAUGCUGUCGGCCCUGAUGGCCAUCAUCUAUGCGAUGAUUCUGCUGGGAAACCUGGCCAUUUUUAGCAUUAUACGUGUCGAUUCCAACCUCCAGACACCAAUGUACUUCUUUCUCGGUAAUCUGUCCAUGUUAGACAUUUGUUACUCUACUGUUACCCUUCCUGCCAUGCUUUUCAACUCUAUAACAGGUAACAGGAGAAUUUCCUUUGAAAGUUGCUUUGCCCAGGUGUAUUUUUUUGUCUCCUUUGGAGGGUCUGAGUGCCUCCUUCUAGCAGCCAUGGCUUAUGACCGAUAUGUAGCCAUCUGCAACCCCUUGAGAUAUCCUAUCAUCAUGAACAAGAACUUAUGUUCUUAUCUUGUCGCUGCAUCUUUGUUUUGUGGAUUUUCCAACUCUGUCCUGCACACUUCCAUGACAUCUAAACUCACAUAUUGUGUAUCCAGAAACUUAAACCACUUCUUUUGUGAUGUUCCUCCUCUGUUAAAAGUAGCUUGCGCUGAUACCCACUCCAGUCAUGUGUUAUUAUACAUAGUAAAUGUCUUUUUGGGCAUUAUUCCAUUUGGGUUUGUGAUUGUCUCUUAUGCACGCAUCAUUUCCACAAUCUUAAAGAUCAAAUCUGCGGCAGGAAGGCAGAAAGCCUUCUCAACUUGUUCUUCUCACCUCAUCGUUGUAACAGUGUUUUAUGUAACAGGUAACUUCAAUUAUAUUGGCCCCGCACCAAGAGAUACCUUUGAUAUUAUUAGGUUGUCCCCCAUGCUAUAUAGUGUUCUCACACCUUUGUCCAAUCCCGUUAUCUACUGUUUGAGAAACAAGGAAGUUAAAAGAGCCUUAAAAAAGGUCCUAUUUGAGAGCAAGUUUAAGAUUUCACAUUAA